AACCUCCAGUAGCCCGGUUCUCUGGCAGGCGUAAAUCGGUAUUCGCUGAAACUUACGAUCCCGAGGAAGACGAAGACGAUGACGGUACGAAACUCGUGUUUCCGAAAUCUGACGAGCAACGGCAAAGAUUGGCUGAGGCAGUCAAGAAUAUACUGCUGUUUCGUUCUCUGGACAAGGAACAAAUGCAGGAGGUUCUCGAUGCCAUGUUCGAAAGAAAAGUGCAGAAAGACGAGUUGGUCAUCAAGCAGGGUGACGACGGAGACAACUUCUACGUCAUUCAAAAUGGCAUUUUUCAUGCCUUAGUUGCUUCCGAUCCUUCCGAGGAGCCAAAACAUAUCCACACAUACGAUAACAGUGGCAGCUUCGGAGAACUGGCUCUCCUCUACAAUAUGCCUCGUGCAGCCACAAUUAAGGCUUUCACCGAUGGUUCUUUAUGGGCCAUGGAUAGGCAGACUUUCAGAAGAAUUCUCUUGAAAUCUGCUUUCAAAAAGAGAAAGAUGUACGAAUCUUUAAUAGAAAGUGUUCCCAUGCUCAAAACACUCCAGCCAUAUGAACGGAUGAAUUUAGCAGACGCACUUCUUCCCAGGACUUUCCAAAAUGGCGAAAGGAUUAUCAAACAAGGUGAUGCAGCUGAAGGCAUGUAUUUCGUCGAACAGGGAGAAGUCAUCAUUAGCGUUCUAGAUGAUAGUGGUAAGGAAGUCGAAAUAAAUCGUAUCACUAAAGGUGGUUAUUUUGGAGAAUUGGCCCUUGUUACACACCGUCCAAGGGCUGCUUCCGCUUUUUGUGAUGGGGAAGUAAAGUGUGCAUUUUUGGACGUGGAAGCUUUCGAAAGGUUGUUGGGUCCAUGCAUGGAGAUAAUGAAGCGAAACAUUAAUGAUUAUGAAGAACAAAUGCUCAAGAUAUUUGGCUCAAAGAAUAACAUGAAGGAUAUUCGAUGAAGAGUAUUGGACAUGAACUUCCCCUGACAAUAGCCCACUCCCUUCCUGUUUGUACUAAUUCUCAAAAAUAAUAUUACAUGUUAGAUAAGUGAA